AUGUACAAAAACAGCGAAAUACGUAAUCAUGAAAAUGAAAAUGGUGAACGUAUUUCGUCAACCAAAAGCACCAUGCAGAAGAAGACAUACUUACCCACUUUGCGUUGCUUUUCAGUUGUGAUCACUAUUUCAUAUUUUGCCAGAAGUGACAUUCAUCUAAUACAAUCUUUAGAGAACUGGAUGAGUGCUGGGAUAAAAUGCAAGAGUAAUAAUACAGAUCUUAUCAGCAUCAAUGACCAAAAUGUGAUGGAUGAGUUGCUAGAUUACUUAAAAUUUAUUAAGCCACCAUUCUCCUUCUGGAUUGGUCUGUUUUACAACAGUAGCACAGGACAAUGGCAAUGGUCCAGUGGUGACCACUUUAUGUAUCUGAAAUGGAGAAAUGGGCACCCAGCAUAUAAUACCAUUCAAGAAAAAUGCACUUCAAUGGGACCACUUGGAACAUGGAACAGCAGCAGCUGUGAAGAAAAAAAGCAAUUUGUGUGCUUAAAUGAUAACACCACAGUUCAGCUACAUCUCAUUCAAACCAGCAUGUCCUGGAGUGAAGCAAUGUUGUACUGUAGAGCCCAUUACACAGACCUAGUUAGCAUCACCAGCACUAAGAUGCAAAGAAAGGUUACAGGCAUGGCUCUCAAGGCUGGCAGUGAUGCAGUGUGGAUUGGGCUGCGCAAGGAACGAUUAUUCGGCCAGUGGCUCUGGGUUAGUGGACAUCUGCUUGAUUAUACCAACUGGGCAGCUUGUCAAUCAAAUGACCCAACUUUUGGCCACUGUGGUCUGAUGUCUAGAACUUCACGAUUCAAGUGGACAACAUCUUGCUGCUCAGUGAAACACCAUUUUGUCUGUUACAGUCUUAAGGUAGCCCAUGUUCUUAUUUAUUCCUUAUUAAAAUCAGGUGGUUAA